ACUUAAAAUUCAUGCGCACCAAAGUAGGCAGUCGCCAUACGAUUUCUGACCCCGUGUAUAUGAGAAAGUAGUUGACUAAGCCACUGAAGAUCACCUAUAAAUUCUCUUCAUUUUCCUUUGAUUCUCUCACACCUUAAACUUUUCUCCAAAACAAGCACCUUUCAUCUACAAAUCUCCAAAACCCACCUAAAAAUAGAAACCAAAUUACAAAAUGAAGUAUCGAACUACUUCUAAAAACAGAAUUAAUUACCUUAACAAAACCUUCAUGAUCAUGUUCCUAGCUACAACCAUGGCUACUAUCAUACUUCCUUCUUCUCACAGCAUUUCUCUUCUUCUAGAAACUGUUCCUUUAGAAGGUCAUUUUAGCUUCAAAGAAUUAACCCAUGCAGCUAAAGAUUUUGGCAAUAGAUUUCAACAACACCCUUUAGCUGUUCUUCACCCAAAUUCUGUUUCUGACAUAGCUAAUACUGUUAAGUAUGUAUGGCAAAUGGGCCUGAAUUCUGGGCUUACAGUUGCAGCAAGAGGGUGUGGUCAUUCUCUUCAUGGGCAGGCCCAAGCCCAUGAAGGUAUUGUGAUUAAUAUGGGCUCACUUCGGGCUAGCCCAAUGAAAGUAGUGCAAAGUGGGGGAGGUGUAAAAGAAGCUUAUGUUGAUGUUUAUGGAGGUGAAUUAUGGAUAAAUAUUCUGCAUGAAUGUUUGAAAUAUGGGUUGACACCUAAGUCUUGGACAGAUUAUCUUCAUCUUUCUGUUGGAGGUACUUUGUCUAAUGCUGGUGUUAGUGGACAAGCUUUUCUUCAUGGCCCACAAAUUAGUAAUGUCCUCCAAUUAGAGGUUGUUACAGGUAAAGGAGAAAUUGUCAACUGUUCUAAGAAGCAAAAUUCAGAACUGUUUUACAGUGUCUUAGGUGGUCUUGGACAAUUUGGGAUUAUUACUCGAGCACAAAUUUCUCUACAACCUGCACCUAAAAUGGUAAAAUGGAUUAGAGUUUUGUAUUCAGAUUUCAAGACGUUCGUUAGAGAUCAAGAAAAGCUGAUAUCAGCACAGAAAACAUUUGAUUACAUCGAAGGUUUUGUGAUAAUAAACAGAACAGGCCUUUUAAACAAUUGGAGAAUAUCUUUCAACCCACAAGAUCCUGUUCAAGCUAGUCACUUUAGCUCAGAUGGGAAAACACUCUUCUGUUUAGAAAUGGCUAAAUACUUCAAUCAUCAAGAAGCUCAUAUUUCAGAACAGGAAAUAAAAAUGUUGUUAUCCCAACUAAGCUACAUUUCAUCCACACUCUUCAUAGCAGAAGUUUCAUAUGUAGACUUCUUAGAUAGAGUUCAUGUAUCAGAACUCAAACUAAGAUCAAAAGGAUUAUGGGAAGUACCACAUCCUUGGCUCAAUCUUUUCAUUCCUAAAUCCAGCAUUCACAAAUUUGCAGAACAAGUCUUCGGCAACAUCCUCAAAGACACCAGUAACGGUCCCAUCCUCAUCUACCCCGUCAACAGAUCCAAGUGGGACAACAGAACAUCAGUAGUAAUUCCAGAAGAAGAUAUAUUUUACUUGGUGGCAUUUCUAUCUUCAGCCGUACCAAGUUCAACAGGGAAUGAUGGCUUAGAACAUAUCUUGAGUCAGAAUAAAAGAAUUCUAGAUUAUUGCGAAUCAAACCAGCUUGGUGUGAAGCAGUAUCUGGCCCACUACACCACACAACAAGAAUGGAAAACACAUUUUGGUCCAACUUGGGAAUUCUUCAAACAAAUGAAAUCUACUUAUGAUCCUUUAGAAAUUCUUGCACCAGGACAUAGAAUUUUUCAUAAGUCUAUUCCAUUUUCAUGACCCUACAUAUAAAACAUCGUUUUAUUUAAUUAAGAACUACAUUUCUCCUAAAAAAAAAAAUAAAAUAAAAAAAAAAAUAAAAAGUAUAUACAAUCCCUUAGUUGAUAGUAGUUUUUAACUGAAAGGAGAAUUCAAGGAAUGGUUAUAAUGUUUAGUCACUCUCUGAAUAACUGUAAUUAUGAGAAGGACACGUGAUUAGAGUGUGGUUGGAACUUUUCUUUCAAGGAUAUGUUUAUGUAUGUAGUCAUAAUAUACGUGUGUAGGGGGACUUAAUUAGGCUUAGAUGCCUAGAUUGUAGAUACCCUUCAAGAUUGAGCCAUGCUAAUGAUUAAAUAGCCUAGCUAUUAUCGACUUUAUGCAACAUUAUUGCAUUGUAUACAAAUUUGGAGCUUUAAUGAUGUAUGUAUAGCAAUAAACUAUUAUUUCCUCCCAUUAAUUUACUUGUAAUAUUGG